UUUGACACCCUCCAGGUUCAUGCUGGCCACACUCCAGACAAGCAUACACACGCUCGCGCCGUGCCUAUCUAUGCAUCAACUUCGUUCACUUUCAACAACUCUGAACACGCGGCUAAACUCUUUGCUUUGAAGGAAUUUGGAAACAUUUACAGCAGAAUCGGAAACCCCACCACUGAUGUCUUUGAACAGCGUGUGGCUGCGCUUGAAGGCGGUGCUGCAGCUUUGGCAACCUCCUCAGGUCAAGCAGCUCAGUUCUUGGCGAUUUCGACCUUGGCCCAGGCUGGUGACAACAUCAUCGCAUCCUCUCAUCUAUAUGGUGGUACCUACAACCAAUUCAAGGUCUUUUUGCCUCGUUUGGGUAUCAAGGUCAAGUUCACAGAUUCGGAUGAGCCCGAAGCGUUCGCCAAAUUGAUUGAUGGGCGUACAAAGGCCGUCUUUGUCGAGUCAA